AUGGGGCUGCCAAGGUCAAGAGGCAUACCCACGGUAGAAUGCAAAGGAGCUGAAGGAGCAAGGCUCACAGGCAGCGCGGCCGGCCCAGCGGGAACUACGGCGGCCGAGCCGGGGGCCGGGCCCUCCGGUCCUUUCCCUCCCAGAAGCCCGCGGGCGGCCCAGGACGUCGGCCGCGUCGUGGCUGCGGGAGCCGGGGCGGCGGGCGCUGCUUCCGGCCCGGGCGUCGUGCGUGACCCGGCGGCGUCACAGCCGGGGCAGCGGCCCAGGCGAGGGGGCGGGGAGGGCGCGCGGCGAUCGGACGCGAUGGCGGGAGGAGGCGGGAGCGGCGGCGAAGGCGGGCGGGCGGGCCGGCGGGCCUCCCGCAGCGGCGGGCGGGCGCGGCGGGGGCGCCACGAGUCGGGGCUGGGGGGCGCCGCGGAGCGGGGUGCGGGGGAGGCGCGGCUGGAAGAGGCGGUCAACCGCUGGGUGCUCAAGUUCUACUUCCACGAGGCGCUGCGGGCCUUCCGGGGGAGCCGGUACGAGGACUUCAGGCAGAUCCGGGACAUUAUGCAGGCUCUGCUCGUCAGGCCCUUGGGGAAGGAGCACACGGUGUCCCGGCUGCUGCGCGUCAUGCAGUGCCUGUCGCGCAUCGAAGAAGGGGAGAAUUUAGACUGCUCCUUUGAUAUGGAGGCCGAGCUCACGCCCCUGGAAUCCGCUAUCAACGUCCUGGAGAUGAUUAAGACAGAGUUCACGUUGACAGAAGCAGUGAUUGAGUCCAGCAGAAAACUGGUCAAGGAAGCCGCUGUCAUUAUUUGUAUCAAAAACAAAGAAUUUGAAAAAGCUUCAAAAAUUUUGAAAAAACACAUGUCCAAGGACCCCACAACUCAGAAGAUGAGAAAUGAUCUCCUGAACAUUAUUCGAGAAAAGAACUUGGCCCACCCUGUUAUCCAGAACUUUUCCUAUGAGACCUUCCAACAGAAGAUGCUGCGCUUCCUGGAGAGCCACCUGGACGACACAGAGCCCUACCUCCUCACGAUGGCCAAAAAGGCUUUGAAGUCUGAGUCUGCUGCUUCAAGUACAGUGAAAGGCAAACAGCCACCACCUGAGCCUGUGGGAAAACCCCCCAGAGGACCUGCCAGGCAGCUACAGAACACUCCCACCACCAUUGGAAUCACAGCUUUGAAGGCAGCUUUCAAGGCUCUGUCUGGUGCACAGGAUUCUGAUGCAGCCUUCUCAAAACUGGACCAGAAGGAUUUGGUACUUCCUAAUCGAGUGACCUCACCAUCAUCAGCCCUCAAAACUAAAAGACCAAGAAAAGAUGAAAAUGAAAGUUCAGCCCCUGCAGAGGGUGAGGGCGGCUCAGAACUGCAGCCCAAGACCAAGCGCAUGACGAUAAGCAGAUUGGUUUUGGAAGAGGACAGCCAGAGCACUGAACCAAGCACAGGCCUCACUUCUUCCCAGGAGACCGUUCCUGCAUCACCACCCAAGCCCAUGCCUCUCAACCAGCCCCGCCCCAGGGAGAAGAAUUCCAAAGUACCCAAAGGCAAGUGGAACAGCUCUAAUGGGGUGGAAGAAAAAGACACCUGGACGGAAGAGGACAAACUGUUUCAUGUUCAGGCAGUACCACAGGAAGAUAGUACAACAAGUGGCACAAGAAAGCAGAAGUGGACGGUAGAAGAAAGUGAGUGGGUCAAGGCUGGUGUGCAGAAGUACGGGGAAGGAAACUGGACUGCCAUUUCUAAAAAUUACCCAUUUGUUAAUCGAACAGCUGUGAUGAUUAAGGAUCGCUGGCGGACCAUGAAAAAACUUGGCAUGGACUGAAACAAGCUUUCAUUUCCACAGGACUUGCAGGAACUUGCUUCCUGUUAAUAGCCCCUGAUAGUCUGUUUCUUUCAGAAACUGGGCUGGGGUGAGGAUUUGGGGCAACCUUCAUCAGUGUGGGAGAGGUUUCAGUUCCACUUCAUCACUGUUAAAGAUCAUGGAGCUAAGAAGCAAAGCCAAGUCCACCCCAUGUUCUUGGCAGAGAUGACAGGUACAUAACUUGUACAGUGCCAGAAUAUCAUUAGUAUUUCCUUUUUUUUAGUGGUUUGCCUUCAUUUAAGUACCUGGUAAUCUGUAGAAUCUUAUAGGAAAUGGAGUCUAUUAGGAACCAUUUAUGACUCUAUGACCUUUUAAAACCAGCAACAUGAGUAUUUUUUGGAGUGAACUUGUUCAAUGUAAACUUUUGGCCUUCAAUGCAAAUGCAGAGGAACUUCUUCAGUUUGUUUGAAGCCCAGGCUGAUGAGAGACCAGUCCUGGUAGAAUCAGACCCCCUUUAAGAACUGAUAAACCAGUUGUGACAUCAGCCCCAGACCCUGACUGCACUGGCACUGGCUCUUAAUCUCUGCAAGGCUGUGUAGGCAGGUUUGUCCUCCACUUCCCAUGUGAUUGAAUCAGUGUGUUUUAUGAUAAAAUGGUGGUUGUAGAUAAGCUUAGCUGCACCCCCUUCAUUCCCAGUUCCCUCCCUUUAUGCUGAUUAAAUAUAAAUGUCCAAUUCCAUUCUUUGUGAAAGGAUUGCUUCUGCCCGCUUCCCUAAUUGUGCUGUGUUAGUGUCUUGCACUGGAAUUCAACAUUCCCUCCUUUUGUACUGUGUUGUGCUUGCUGUCUCUCUUCGACAUCUUUAAAGACUGUCUUUUUAGCAAAAAUUUCAGUAAAGUGUUUUCUGUAAUUUUUUUAAAAAUGAGAAUUAUUGUCCAUACUUGUAGCCUUCUUCAUUAAAGUCUUGCUUCUCU